AUGAGACGAAAUACCAAGGCAUCUGCUGUAGGCCUGUUGGCUUUGGCCUAUCGCGCCUCGGCCCAAGUCGCCAAUAUCUCUCCCUCUGACAGUGUAUCCUUUGGGCUCAACAUCCCUGAUGCAACAGCAGCGUCAUCUGGAGCCGGAGAGAUCUUCUUCCAGAUAUCUGCACCAAGUAGCUAUGAAUGGGUUGCGCUUGGCCAGGGCAGUGGCAUGGCCAACUCCAACAUGUUCGUCGUAUACACUUCAGCAGAUGGCAGCAACGUAACAUUGUCUCCACGGACGUCGGGCAGCUACCAAGCUCCCAGUUCCAAUGAUGCUGCUCAGGUCACCCUGCUGGAAGGCUCUGGUGUAGCGAACGGUGUCAUGACAGCCAACGUGAGAUGUUCGAACUGUAAUAGCUGGUCUGGUGGCACUAUGGACUUCACCGGAAACAGCGGUAACUGGAUUUACGCCUACCAAUCGUCUGGUGGGCCAAAAAACGACGAUUCCACCUCUGCAUCCAUCCGCCAGCACAACAACGAAGGGGUUUUCAAUUGGGAGUUUGCCGCAGCCAAGGGCGGUUCAAGCGUAAACCCCCUCAUCAACACAUCUCCAUCUGGUACCACCGGCGGAACAGGCGCAACCCCAGCCGCAACCAACUGCCGCCAACGCCCAUCCGGCGCCGCAGCUACAGCAUCAGCAUCAGCAUCCAAAUACGACAAGCCCAGCAAAACCCAGUCCUACGACGACGAUGAUGACUGGUGGACCGGUCGUCCCACCGCACGUCCAACUUCCUUCCCCACAGGCGCACCCUGGGAUAAACGUCAGUCCGACGAUUCCUCGCUCCCCUUCUGCGACACGCUCCCCAACAAUGGCGGCGCAAACUCCGGUUUCACAUCCAUCUCCUCCAGCGAACCCGACACACGCAAGCAUCUCAUCGCCCACGGGGUCCUCGCCUCCCUCGCCUUUGUCAUUCUCUUCCCUGCUGGUUCCAUCGUCAUUCGCCUGGCUUCCUUCCCCGGUGUCCUGUGGUUGCACGCCGGUUUCCAGAUCUUCGCUUACUUGACUUACACCGCUGCCUUUGGUCUGGGUAUUUGGCUUGCGCUGCCUGUUAGUGGAGGUCAUUACAUCAGUAGCCACCAUGCAAUCAUCGGUAUGCUCGUUUUCGCGCUCAUCUUCUUCCAACCCUUCUUAGGCUGGAUCCACCACGUUCUUUUCAAGAAGUACAGCCACCGUACUCUCUGGUCUUAUGCGCAUAUUUGGGUUGGUCGCAUCGCUAUCACACUCGGUAUCAUUAAUGGUGGACUUGGACUGCUGCUUGCGGGAAACUCGCGUGAGGGCGAGAUCGCGUAUGGCGUUGUUGCUGGUGUCAUGUGGUGCGUGUGGGUGGCAGCGGUUGUUUGGGGUGAGAUGAGGAGGAAGAAGGCUGCUAAGAUGGCUGCGACGCAGAACCCGGAGAAGUUGACUGGGGAGAGGAGGGAGAGCGAUCAGAGUAGGAGUGAUGGGAGCGAUGCGGACCUGAAUGGACAUUAUAGGCCGGCUAAGGAGCAGCAGGCAUGA